UCUGCUACACAGACAGUCUGCCCAGCCUUCACCAUCUGACGCCAUCUCACAGACCCUAGGCCUCCACCUCUGUAUGGGACCACUGCCAUCUCAUCCCCUGGAAGACAAGUAGAAAGCAAAACACUCUUCUCUCACCACCAUGCCUGCCAUUUCCACUAACAAGGACCGUCCCUUCUUUUGAAGUUUGAUUUACAGGUGCUAUAGAGCCAUUGUGCUGACUGCAUGUCAGUCUCCAAGGAAACUAGUAGCAUAUAUAUUCCAGAAGCAUCCCUAGAUGAAAAGGGGUGUUAUUAAAAGUGUUCUCAGCAUAACCCCUGCUAUGAGAAGGAGCAGAGUUCAAGGUCUUAUGUUGAAUGGUUGAAGGAUGCUGUGUUCAAAUAGAAUGCUCUUAAGGAAAUAAUAGCAGGUCAAGCUGGGGAUCUGGCUGUUGUACAGGUCUGAAAGAGUCAGAAAUUGAAAAAUAAUUAUGUAAAGCUUUAGAAAGGCUUGAUGGUAUUUUAUAAAUCAGCCUAAUUUUAGGUUGGCAUCUCCUCUGUAUACGUAAGUAUUGGCACUUUCUGUAAUACAUUGCCUUUUUGUGGCUAUUACGCUUCUCAGCCCAACCCGUAUCAGUGUGCACAGCUCUAUUUUGGAGUUGAUGCUCAGCUAGGUUUUUAUAUCGCUCUUUUAAAAGACUGAACAGAAGCACAAGGUAGCCAGUCUGCAGUCCUCCCCGCUCCCCGGCGCCAGGCAGCUGGGUGCCCCACAGCUGGGACGGGUGCUCUACACAGUUGUUGGAAAAGACAUCCCAUGAAAACGUGCGCUUCCAUGAUUGUUAAAAACCGUCUGUGGCAUUUUCAGAGUGUGUGCGCUGAGAGCAACAUCUUACCUGAAUUUUAAAUAAGGAAAUAAAUUCCCUUUCUUCUCUAAAUUCCCUGGCAUCUGACCGUGCCGUAUCUACCCACCAGCCUGCCUUUCAAGUGCAAGAUAAAAUCCUGUUUGCAUUCAAAUCUGAAAGACCUGAGAAGAACCCAAACCGCUUUGUAGAGGCAAAUGGGACUCUGACUGCCUGAUGGUCGAUGGGAUGGUUUCCCAGUUAGGAGACCAAGUUGAGGAGUUGUGGCAGAGAGAGGAAGGAGGAACUGGGAAACACCCACCUCCUAGUUUACAGGCACUGCUGGAGCUCUAUUUGCUAGAAGGCGUUGAAGAAAUCUACAAACAGGCAAUUACAAUUUACUUGCUGCUAGACAUCAUGCAUUCCUUUCCAAAUAAAACAGAAACUUCAGUUGACUCCUUCACAGCUGCCUUUGCCAUCCCUCCGGGCCUUGUUAAGUUUAUUCAAGGUUUUUGGCUUCUAGACCACAAGGACUAUGAAAAUUCCCUGGCCCUGCUCGUUGAACCAGCUGCAAUCAAACCUGUGUCGUGGCAAGACGUGCAAAUUCUUCAGUGCCUUGUGUGCCAAGGAGAGCAUGGGCGAGCCCUCAGAUACACACAGGUUAUGAAGCUAUCGGUCUCCAGCUGUAGUGAAGUGCAGCUUUUCCUCACUGUGCUGUUGUCCAAUAGGUGCAUGGCGGAGGCUUGGGGUCUGCUGCAGCAACACACCACUAAGAUAAAUGUGGAAGAGCUAUUAAAAGACAUGUAUGACAUCUGUCGGGAGAUGGGACUAGUGGAAGACUUCCUGAAGAUGCCUUUCACAGACGCCGAACAAAAGUGUUUGGAGAAAUUGUUACAGAAUCAUGAAAUUCUUUUAGCCCAGCAUCUGCAGCGUGCCAACUGCAUGGCAGCACUACAGCUGAACCAGGCGAUGAACGUUCAUUUCAUGCUGAACCUAAAAGUUGAACAAAAGAUGUCACUACUCCAAAGCUACCCUUUGAAGUUGGAAAUUCAGUGUUACAGGCUGUUGUUGACUCCACUUCAAAUAGUUUGUUUGUGUCUGAGGAUUAAAUAAGUGUCUUUCCUGUCAGCCGCUCUUACCAUUCAGUUAUUCACAGAUGUAUGUUACGUAGGGUUCAGAUUACUGGAAGUUGUUUGGGUCACUGUGGAAUGAAGAGUGUGUUGUAUGUCAUCUCUUGUAUCUUGCACGCAGCUCUGGGUGCCAACCCACAGGCAAAAUUCGCAUCAUGGUUUGUUCUUUUUAUUAUUUCCUCAAGUUAUAGCGUGAGGUCUGCAAUUCCACAACUUUCAUUUUACCACUUUUAGGACAGAAAUUCUUACCUAACUUCUGUAUCUCAAAAUAGCCAGGUCAAAUUUUGUGUUAUGUGAACAUCUGUUGUGGUUUUGUGAUACAUUUGCUGUUUUCUGGAAUCAUAGUUUUCCAGGGAAGCAAAGUUAUGGGGUGGUUAUGGAAGGUUAGGGCCUGCAUUUGAAAGCUUUAAUCCAGGGGGAAGGUGUGUGUAGGUAGCUUUCUCUUCCUCAUUUUAAUACUCACUUCCUUUUGUCCAACGUAACCCACCGUUGCCCUGGAGAUUCAGUCACUUUGGGCAGUGGCACAUCAGGAAAAACGGGAAAGGCUGCUGUUUUGUCAGCCACGUGAAACUUGUGGGUGCUGACAAGUUUGUCAGAAUGAGGUUCUGCAGGGUGCCGGCAUGGUUUUAGCUUAAAGUUGUAGGUUCUGAUAUUAUUCUAGUCUUCAAUCCACUUGGCUAAAAACUCCGGGUGAAGCUGGUGUGCGCUGAUGGGCAGAACUGGCUGCUGUUCUGUGCAGUGGGUGUAUUUUACUGCACCUGUAGAGGAAACGUAUUCACUAACUUGAAAUAGCACCGAGAGUUCCGUGCAAUGAACUGCUUGUAAUUAGGUAACUUCUUGCUUUACGC